AUGGGCUAUGGCGGGCUGGUCCGAGACUCUGCUGGUUCGUGGAUUAUUGGUUUCAUGGCAGGAACUGGCGGUGGAGGGCCUCUCUUAGCUGAAAUCAAGGCGUUGAAAUCAGGCCUGGAAAUCCUUUGGGAGAAGGGUGAGAGAGAAGUUAUUUGUGAGGUGGAUUGCUUGGAACUUGUCCAUGUCAUUCACCACCAAAGGGAGCAGUUUCAUGCCUUAGCUUUGGAGUUCAGAGAGCUGCAACUUCUGCUCAGUAGAGAUUGGAGAGUUCAGCUCCUUCAUAUAUCCCGUGACGCUAACACUGCUGCAGAUUGCCUAGCGCACUUAGGCUCGGUGAGUCAAUGUGACCUGUCACGCUUGGAGGUGCCGCCACCUCAGCUUCUUCCCUUCUUGGCAAGGGAUGCUUUAGCCUUGUAG